UUCCAAUUGACCACCGGGAUCCCUUCUAGACACGUCUCCCCCGGCAGUCCUCCUGCUCCGUGCUCUGUCCCGUCCUUUCCGCCCUUCUUCCUCGUUUUGGUUACCUUCAUUCUGGUCUCUCCAGGUCUCUGUUUUCUUCCUUAUUCCCCCCCUGCUCUUUUCGGGGGUGAUCUUCGGGCCCGGCCCUUUUUCCCUCUCUCCUGGCCAUUCCCACCGUGUUGAUUGCCUCGGGACAAUUGCGUCCUAGUCGCUCCCUCCCCUCGUCAUGCAAACCUCCGAUGCCAGCAUCCCGAGCCGUUUGAUGUCUUCCAAGUUUUCCCACCUCAACGCGGACAGUACUGGCUUCUCACACGGAUCGUACGCCUCAAACAACAUCCCCCUGCAGGGCCUGCCGGACCGGAACACUCGUCGAGCUAAUAUCCCCGCGAUCAAUACCUCUGCUCCCCUCUCCGACAACAUGGCUUCCUCGGGUACCGCGUUUGACAUGAACUUCACUCCUCUUCUACCUUCCCAGCUGCUGCUCGGUAGUCCCUUUCAGCCGGGAACCCCUUCAGCAUUUGCCUCGCCUCAGUUCGCCAACUUUGGCGGCUUCCCCCAAACCAACGCUCCUACACACGCACAGAACCACCACAGCCACCACCAGCUGGGGAGUCCGACUCAGCCCUCGCAUAAUGCUAGUCUGUAUUCCGGAAUGAUGUCGACGGAUAUGGGUAAUUCCCAGAUGCUGGGCGCUCCCCAGUCCCCUGUCGGUGGUCUGGGAGGCUUGGGCAAUGCGGCGUUCGGGAGUCCCGCGGCCUCGGUGACCCCUGGCUUGCUCUCGGGUACGAGCCGAACGGUGUACCUGGGAAACAUCCCCGCAGAAACUUCCGCGGAAGAGAUCCUGAACCAUGUUCGGAGUGGCCAAAUCGAGUCUGUUCGGCUGCUUCCCGACAAGAACUGCGCGUUCAUCUCUUUCCUGGACAGCAACUCGGCUACCCAUUUCCAUUCCGACGCGAUCCUGAAGAAGCUCGCGAUCAAGGGCAAUGACAUCAAGGUGGGAUGGGGCAAGCCCUCCCAGGUGCCUACAUCGGUCGCCUUGUCUGUGCAGCAAUCGGGUGCGUCACGUAAUGUAUACCUCGGGAACCUGCCGGAAGAAAUGACCGAAGAGGAACUGCGUGAGGAGCUCGGAAAGUUUGGUCCUAUCGAUACUGUUAAGAUUGUCAAGGAGAAGGCGAUCGGUUUCGUCCACUUCCUGUCUAUCAGCAAUGCGAUGAAGGCUGUUUCCCAGCUCCCUCAGGAGGCGAAGUGGCAGGCUCCCAGACGUGUCUUUUACGGCAAGGAUCGGUGUGCUUACGUUUCCAAGACGCAGCAACAGAAUGCAGCUCAGUUCUUGGGCAUUGCCCCCGGCUAUGCGCACAUACUCAACUCGGCGGACCGUGACUUGAUCACAAACGCACUGGCCCAGCAAUCCGUGGCAGCCGCAGCUGUGGCUACAACCGCGGGCGGAGUCAACAACCUGGGCAACCGGACGAUUUACCUGGGCAACAUCCACCCCGAAACGACUAUUGAGGAGAUCUGCAACGUCGUGCGCGGUGGUCUUCUGCACCACAUUCGCUACAUCCCUGAUAAGCACAUCUGCUUUGUCACUUUCAUUGAUCCUACUUCGGCCGCGUCUUUCUAUGCCUUGAGCAACCUCCAAGGUCUCAUGAUUCACAAUCGUCGGUUGAAGAUUGGCUGGGGUAAACACUCCGGUCCUCUUCCGCCCGCUAUCGCCCUGGCGGUGAGCGGUGGUGCUUCACGGAAUGUUUACGUGGGCAAUCUUGAUGAAGCCUGGUCGGAGGAGCGCCUUCGUCAGGACUUCUCCGAAUACGGAGAGAUCGAGCUUGUCAAUACGCUACGCGAGAAGAGCUGUGCGUUUGUGAACUUCACGAACAUCGCCAAUGCCAUCAAAGCGAUCGAAGGAAUGCGCAAUCGGGAUGAGUACAAACGAUUCAAGAUCAACUUUGGUAAGGAUCGGUGUGGAAACCCGCCACGCCAAGCAGGCAACGGUGGACCUCAAGGUCGCAAUGGAGCUGGGUUCGAGGGACCGCAGUCACCUUCCCCGGCGCUCAACGGCUUCCAGCAGAACCUAAGCCAAUCCGGCUCUGGAUCUAGCCCAACCCACCCUGCACUGUCCCCUGCCCCCGGGUCCACCGGCUCCCAGAACAGCCACCAGACUAGGCAUCCUCUGCAAACGGUGUCGUCUCCGUCCGGGAUUCUCAAUGUGGGCGCCAACAACCCGCUGACCAUGUACCUCAAUCAAAUGUCCGCUCAGCAGGCUCAGGAGCAGGAGAACCGAUUGAACGACCCCAUGAGCUUGGCGGCUCUGCAGUCUCAACAGCAGGCCCCGCAACAGCAGUCGCUUUACAACGGCACCAGCGGCGCCGAGUACACCAACGGGAAUAUCGAGGCCCCGUUGCACCAACACCAACACCAACAUAAGCCCUCGACUAACGGGUACUUGAACGUGACCAAUGGCUCUUCGGGACCCGGGCAUCAUGCCACAGCCAGUACCAGCAGCCUGAACGUGCCCCGUGCUCAGCAUUCCCGGGCCGUGAGUCUGCCUUCGUUCUCCCAGGAACCUUUCGGACCUGUCUCGAGCCAGCCCGGUCCCACUCGCAACGGGAUGGCUCACCAGCCCCAAAGCAGUUUCUCCAGCUUCACAUCCGCCCUGGGCGGCCUCAACCAUGCCGGCUUUGGAUUAGCCAUCCAGAACGAGAGUUCGCUGCCGGGCUGGGCUGAGGAGGAGAUCGGAGCCAAAUGAUUGCAUACACCACUGCGAGGGUAACACUCGCCAUUGAUCGCGAUGAGCAUAGCCAAUUUUCUUUCUCUUUCUUCGAUCUCUCUUAUUUUUUUUUUCUUCUUCUUUUUCGUCUUGCUACUUGACUAAUCCCUUCGAUGUCCCCAUUCUGAUUCCUUUCGUUGUACCGGGUUCACCUUACUAUGGUUUCUCUCCUUACCUUAAUUGUGCAAAUUUUCGUUCUCCGCCACC